AGAGCUACUUAACUGUUUGCAUGUAGUCCGCCUUUAUUGCAUUGCAAUUGUGCCAAAUCAAACGAUAAUAUAUUAUGAUUAAUAAGGGUCCCAUAUGGAAAAGUGUGCGGUCUUACGCUGGACCUGUUCCGAGGGCGAGGCAUGGGCACCGGGUCGUGGCCAUACGAGAGCUGGUGGUUGUGUUUGGAGGUGGAAACGAGGGAAUAGCGACCAAUCUGCAUGUUUAUAACUCGGUGACCAAGCAGUGGUUCCUGCCAGCAGUGAGAGGGGAUAUCCCACCUGGUUGUGCCGCUCAUGGCUUCGUUUGUGAAGGCACACGGAUCCUGGUGUUUGGAGGGAUGGUUGAAUUUGGCCAGUAUACCAACAGCCUCUAUGAACUGCAGGCCAGUCGAUGGCUGUGGAAGAAACUGAAGCCCCGUCCACCAAGGAACGCAUCAGCUCCAUGUCCACGAAUUGGCCACAGCUUCACUCUUCAUGCUAAUAAGUGUUAUCUUUUUGGUGGAAUGGCCAAUGACAGUGAAGACCCAAAUGGCAAUGUACCAAGAUAUUUAGAUGACUUCUAUGAGCUGGAGCUGCAGGUCCAGUCUGGCGUUAAAGGCUGGAACAUUCCUGAAACCAAAGGUGGAGGCCCGUCAGCCAGAGAAUCCCAUAGUUCUGUGGUGUACUGUGUUAAGGGUGGAAGUGCCCCAAAGCUCUACAUAUUUGGGGGCAUGUGUGGGCACAGACUGAAUGAUUUGUGGCAACUAGACAUUGAGACUAUGACUUGGUCAUUGCCUCCAACCAGAGGUCAACUGCCACUACAGAGGAGCCUGCACACCUCCAAUGUGAUUGGAAACAAGUUAUAUGUGUUUGGAGGCUGGGUUCCCGUUGGAGAGGCAGAGGACACGCUUGCCGCAGAUGGAGUCAAGUGGAUCUGCACCAACUCUCUUUCCAUGCUAAACCUUGACACAAUGACAUGGCACAUCCAGGCAAGUGCAGAUGUCAAAGUUAGAGGAGAGAGAAAAUCUUCAUUGCUGGAAAGCAUUUUGAGGCCAAAGGAACCAGGUGAGGACAGGGCAGAUGUCCCACCAAAAGAUCAAGAAGGUGUUUCCGCGAUGCCAUCAGAUGUGAAUAAGGCUGGUAAGCUGAAUAUUACAUGCCAGAAAGAACGGGACAUCUCUCCAAUACCAUUCCAAAAGUCCAAGGACUCUGUGUGGUUUGAUGUAGGUGUGUUUAAAACACUGUAUUGUGAGGUUACACACUACUUCCUACCUUCUGAGGAUGGUGACAUGGCAUCGACCAUGUCUUGUCAAAACUCAUCUGACAGUGAGUGGAAGUUGCCGGGUCCUCAUUGUUUUAAGGAUCAUGAGAAGCAGGAGUUGGCCUCAGGAGUCACAUAUAAAUUCAGGGUGGCCGGCCUGAACAGCCGUGGCCUGGGUGACUUCAGUCCCAUCAGCGAGUUUAAAACCUGCCAGCCUGGAUUUCCUGGAGCCCCAUCUGCUGUAAAAAUCACCAAGGAUAAAGAUUCAGUGCAUAUCACCUGGGAGCCUCCCACCUCUCCGUCCGGGAAGGUCACGGAGUAUUCCAUGUACUUGGCAGUGAGGAAAAGUCGAGGGAACAGCGUGGAGCGACCUGGCGAGCAGGCCUUCAUCCGAAUCUACUGCGGUACCAAGACCUCAUGCACAGUGAGCGAAAGCCAGCUGAGCAACGCACACAUCGACUGCUCGGCACGGCCUGCCGUCGUCUUCCGAAUCGCUGCCAAGAAUGAGCAGGGCUACGGUCCGGCCACUCAGAUCCGCUGGCUGCAAGAUGCGAGCAAGCUGAAAUCGUCAGUGACGCAGGCAGACUCCAGUCCUCCAGCAGCAGAGCCUGACACCACCUGCAGAUGAACUCUCACCCCUGGUGGUCUGCCAGCUGCUGCACUGACUGCCAAAGCUCUAAUACUUCAGGACUGCAUUUCACUCUCUAUUAUUCCACAAAGCCUUUUGCCAUUUUAAUUUAACUCCUCUGUGUAUAGGAUUGUCCCAGUCCACUGUGUUUUUCUAAAUCUUGAUUGCCUUUUAAUGUCAUGGUAUGGUUUAUACAGUAAGCUUUAGGUUUAUCAGUAUCAGUCAAAUUGUUCAUCAUCACUGUAAAAAAUGUAUAUUUUACUUUAACACUUUUUAUAUUGAGUUCAUAAAUUUAUUUUUAUUAUGGACUGUUAUAGCCACUUUUUUUUUUUUUAAUAUCUCCAAAUCCCUACUAUGGUUUUUGUAAGCAAAAUUCAUUCAUGCCUUAGUGGAAAAUGAGCUACUUCCCCAUAUCUUAAACUGCAUGUACGUUUCUUAAAAUAGGCUCCUGUAUUUUUAGGAACUGCAUAAUUGCCAGUAGUUUGAACAAACA